UCCCAUCGUGCCCGGUUUCUUCUUCCCCUUCCUCACCCUCCUCGACGCUACUUCCCCACCGCCCCGGAUCUACCUCGCCGCGUCGGCGCGCAGGCCACCCACCGCCGCGAGGAGCCAAUCGAGGCGGGCGGUGCGCCGCGCGGGAAUUCGGCGGGGGAUCGUGCACCGGAGGCGUAGAGCAAAAUGUUCAAGUUCCUAAAGGAGGUGGUGGCGGGAUCCGGAUCGGGCCUCAAGGACUUCCCCUACACCAUCGGCGAGCCCUACGCCUCCGCCUGGGGCUCAUGGACGCACCACCGCGGCAUCUCCAAGGAUGAUGGAUCGCCUGUGUCAAUUUUUUCUCUGUCGGGGAGCAACCCUCAGGACAGACACUUGGUUGCUGGUCGCAAUGGUGUUAAGAGACUACGAACAGUGCGGCAUCCAAAUAUCUUAUCCUUUUUACACAGUACUGAAGCAGAAGUUCCUGAUGGGCCUGCCAUGAAGCACACAAUUUAUAUUGUAACAGAGCCUGUUAUGCCACUUUCUGAAAAGGUCAAGGAACUGAAUCUUGGUGGCACACAGAGGGAUGAGUACUUUGCGUGGGGGCUUCAUCAGAUAUCGAAAGCUGUGAGCUUUCUCAAUAACGAUUGCAAGCUUGUUCAUGGGAAUGUAUGCUUGGCAAGUGUAGUUGUUACACAAACUCUGGAUUGGAAGCUUCAUGCUUUUGAUGUUCUGUCAGAAUUUGAUGCUAACAAUGAAGCCUCUGGUAGCCCCAUGUUGCAAUUCGAAUGGUUAGUUGGGACACAGUACAAGCCAAUGGAGCUGACAAAGUCAGACUGGGCCUCAAUUAGAAAAUCACCUCCGUGGGCCAUUGAUUCUUGGGGACUGGGGUGUUUAAUUUUUGAACUCUUUUCUGGAGCAAAGCUGGCUAGAACAGAGGACCUUCGAAAUACUGCUUCAAUCCCAAAGUCUCUACUCCCAGAUUACCAGAGGCUCUUGAAUUCCACACCCUCUCGUAGACUAAAUCCUUCAAAACUUAUUGAUAACAGUGAGUUUUUCCAGAAUAAGUUAGUAGAGACCAUCCAGUUCAUGGAAGUUCUUAAUUUAAAAGACAGUGUUGAGAAAGACAGCUUUUUCCGGAAACUCCCAAAUAUAGCUGAACAGCUUCCCCGUGAGAUAGUCCUAAAAAAGUUACUCCCUGUGUUGGCUUCUUCUCUUGAGUUUGGUUCAGCUGCUGCUCCAGCGUUAACUGUUCUGUUAAAGAUGGGUUCCUGGCUUCCAGCUGACCAAUUUAGUAUCAAGGUUUUGCCAACUAUCGUCAAGCUUUUCGCCUCCAAUGACAGAGCUAUCCGAGCUUGUCUUUUGCAGCACAUAGAUAAGUUUGGGGAAUCAUUGUCAGCUCAAACUGUUGAUGAACAAGUUUUUCCUCAUGUUGCUACUGGCUUCUCCGAUACUACUGUUUCUAUUCGUGAACUGACAUUGAAGUCGAUGCUCGUGUUGGCACCAAAAUUAUCUCAGCGCACAAUCUCAGGAUCCCUCUUGAAGUAUCUCUCUAAGCUACAGGUGGACGAAGACCCCGGAAUCAGGACGAACACUACAAUUCUUCUUGGCAAUAUUGCAAACUACAUGAAUGAUGGGACCAGGAAAAGAGUAUUGAUCAACGCAUUCACAGUCCGGGCAUUACGUGAUACCUUCCCUCCGGCCAGAGCAGCUGGAAUCAUGGCUCUGAGUGUCACUAGUUCAUACUAUGAGAUGACAGAAAUUGCAACUCGCAUCCUGCCUAACAUUGUUGUCCUCACAUUUGACCCAGAUAGUGAUGUGCGAACCAAGGCGUUUCAAGCUACCGAUCAGUUCUUGCAAAUAGCAAAGCAACACCAUGAAAAGCUUACUACGGGAGACACAAUGGUGGCCGAAAGUACUGGUGUUCAGUUAAAGCCUGGAAAUGCAGGUUUACUUGGGUGGGCCAUGAGUUCUAUUACUCAAAAGGGCAAACCUUCUGACCAUGGCUCAAUAUCUACUGCAAAUGCCAGUAAUUCGCAAGUUUCUGCAACCUCGGUUGCCACUCCAGGUACUCAAGCUUCUACUGUAGGGUAUGCACCAUCCACAUCCAGCUCCUUUGAUCAAGCUGCACCAGCAUCAGCAAGAUCUUCAGUAGAUGGAUGGGGUGAGCUCGAGGAUGGUAAUAUCCAAGAGGAGAAUGGUAGCGAUAAAGAAGGAUGGGAUGAUGUAGACCCGUUUGAUGAUAAGCCAUCACCAUCUCUUCUAUCCAACAUACAAGCUGCUCAGAAACGUCCAGUGGUGCAACCAAAGCAAGCAGUUGCAAACUCAGCCAAGUCACAUCAACUGAAAGCGCAAAAAUCAGAAGAUGAUCCUUUAUGGGGUCCUAUAGCUGCUGCACCACCCAAAAGUACAUCAAAGUCUGCAGACAUAAAACCAUCAACGUCAAAUAAUGACGAGGAUGAUCUCUGGGGUGCAAUAGCUGCACCUGCUCCAAAAUCAUCUGGGAAGCCUUUGAAGGCAGCCGCUGCGAACAGCGACGACCUAUGGGGUGCGAUUGCAGCACCUCCACCAUCAACCAAAGCUAGACCCUUAGCUUCAUCAGGCCGGGGUCGGGGGACGAAGCCAGCACAACCAAAACUUGGUGCCCAAAAAAUAGGAAGGACAUCCUCAACUGGGAUGUGAUGUCUUACGGUAUCAAGAAUGCAAAGUUGUCCUUUUGUUUUUUCCCCCUCCCCUCCGCUCUCUGUGUCUGUCCAGGAUAUCAUUCUUUGUAAACUAGCCAAAGCAUUUAUAUGGACUCGAUUUUGACCAAUGUACUAAUAUUGUUUUACCGCUGUGUAUUAAGUAGUUCCAGAAGAUGUAUGUACAUCACAGCUACAAUCUUGAAUCUAUAUUAUUAAUAUAUUGGUCUUGCCUUA